AUGGAAAGAAGUAACACGAGCUCUGGAGGAGACUUCAUUCUGCUGGGGUUCUCUGAUCGCCCAAAGUUGGAGACCAUUCUGUUUUUCCUUAACACAGUUUUUUACCUUCUGGCUGUGGUGGGGAACUCGAUCAUCAUCUUCUCCCUGGUGGACCCUCGACUGCACUUGCCUAUGUACUUCUUCCUUUGCAAUAUGUCCCUCCUGGACCUCUGCUACAUGACUAGCAGCAUACCUCAGAUGCUGGUCAACCUCUGGGGGCCACGCAAGACCAUCACUUAUGUAGGUUGUGUUGUCCAACUCUUUGAUUUCCUGUCUGUGGGGGGCACUGAGUGCAUUCUCCUUUCCGUCAUGGCCUAUGACCACUUUGUGGCUGUAUGCAAGCCACUCCACUAUAUGGCCAUCAUGCACCCACAAUUGUGCCUGCAACUGGCAGCCUUUGCCUGGCUGAGUGGGAUCACCAACUCCGUGCUCAUGUCCCCACUGACCAUGUCCCUGGGGAGCUGUGGCCAGUGCUGCAUCAACCACUUUGUGUGUGAGAUGCCAGCCAUCAUCCGCAUUUCCUGUGUGGACACCAGCUGCGUUGAAGACUUAGCUUUUUCGGCCAUCCCCAUCGUGCUGGUGCCUCUCACCAUGAUCCUCGUGUCCUACGGCUACAUUGCAGCUGCGGUUGCACGCAUCCAGUCUGCAGCGGGGAGGCACAAGGCUUUCAACACCUGCUCUUCGCACAUGGCGGUGGUGUCCCUCUUUUACAGCAGCAUAAUCUACAUGUACAUGCAGCCUGGGAAUGUGGCCAGCCAGGAACAGGGCAACUUCCUCACACUCUUCUACUGUCUAGCGACCCCCACUCUCAAUCCUUUCAUCUACACGCUGAGAAACAAAGACGUGCAGGGGGCCAUGUGCAAGGUUCUCGGUAAAGACAGUGGUGCAUUGGGCACGAGAGCGCACUGA